UGUGAACCGGUUUCAUAAAAACCUAAAAAAAACCGGUUUUUGUGAAAACCGAUAAUCACCGGUUCUCAUUCAAAAACCGAUUACAAUUUCAAAACAUGUAUCCGAGUAUUCCGAGUCGUCAAUAUGUAUCCAAAUUUGGAUCUGUUCCGUCAAAAAUGUUGUCUAGGUAGGUACUACAUGUGAUGUUCCAACUUCACACACAGGUGAAAAUCUAGCUGAAAUUAUGACUAAUUUACUAACAGAAUGGAAGAUUUUAGGAAAAAUUUCUGCUAUUGUUACUGAUAAUGGUACUAACAUGGUAAAGAUGUGCAAUUUGCUGGAAAUACGGCACAUGCCGUGUUUUGCCCAUACGCUUAAUUUAACUUUGGAUGAUUCUAUGGAGCUUUCUCAGGUGAAUGACAUAGCUAAAAAAUGUAAGGCCGUCGUAAAAUUUUUCAAGAAAUCAUCAGUAGGGUGGCGAGCGCUUAAAUUAGCCCAGAAGGAAAGAAACCCCGAUUCAACUCCUUUGAAGUUGAUACAAGAAGUAUCUACACGGUGGAACAGCACAUUCUACAUGCUGAAGAGAAUACUACAGUUAAGUGACGUUCUCGCACUAGUGUGUAGGAAAUUGGAUCAGGCACCAGAAUUCUUAACUGCUUCCGAAGAAGAAGCAGCUAGAGAAGUUAUCAGUAUUUUGGAAAUAUUUGAGGAAGCUACAAAACUCGUUAGUGCUGAUCAGUAUCCGACUAGUUCACUAGUCAUUCCGAUAAUAUGUGGACUAUUUGAAAAAUUGAACACUAUUGAAAUUUCCCUGAAUCCUAUAUCUGUUAUAGGCAAGAUGUUUCACUCAUCAGUGAGGCGAAACAUAAGUAGCAGACUCCUGGCAUAUGAGACAAGAAGUGUAUCUCAAAUAUCUACAUAUUUACAUCCAGCGUUAAGAACUGGUUUUCGUCAACCGGAAAACAUGCUGUCGGCGAAAGAGUUAGUCAGAAGAGAAUUGUCUCAAAACAUAAAAGAUUCCGACAGCUGUGUGCCAUCAACUUUGGAGCAAGCAAGUACAACUUCGAGUGAAGAUGUAACACCACAGAAAAAACCUGGACUGCUGGACUUUAUAAAACAAAGAAGACCCUUUAUAAAUUCAACUGCUUCUGCUGUUAAUAUAUUACGUAUGUAUAUGGAGACAGAUCCUCAAAGCGAAGAAGCCGAGAUCACAAAAGCAGCUAAAAGUGCGGGAGCUUUUUGGUCCAGCAACAAACACUUAGCGCCGUUAAAUACAAUAGCGCUAAAGUAUUUGGCCAUACCAGCGACAUCGGUACCUUCGGAGAGGAUGUUCUCCAAAUCAGGAUAUGUAUUGUCUUCUCGAAGGAGCAGGCUACAAGCAGAUGCUGUGGACCAAAUUUGUUUUAUAAAUCAGAACUUUUUUUAUAUUCAACUUUGUGAGUGCUCAUGGGCGGUGGUGAUCACCUCACUAGGUGACCCAUCUGCUCCGUUACCCGCUCUAUUAUAA